AUGCAGCAAUAUGUACCAAAAAUGCUCUCUAGUGGGAAAAUGGUUACUUAUACAAUGGCUCAGAAGGAGCCUCACAAGGCUCGGGAUAAAAGUGGCCAGGAUGAGGGUGUUGCAAAUCAGAACAAGUAUGGAGUUUUAGCCAGUAUUCAAGAAGAUGAGGAAAUGAGGCAAGAAGAUGAUAUGAAUGCAAGUGAGGCAGCUCAGGAUGCUAAUAAGGCAGUCACUGAUUUAACCCUUGAGAAAAGCAUUCAGGUGGAGGAGCAGUUAAUUAAUGCAAGUAGCACUCAAGUAGAAAAUUUGAGUGGUUCUGGCAAUAGUGUAGAUCAAGAACUUGUAGACAAUGUGAUAGUAAAAGAUAAUCCCAUAGUUGUAGAACAAAAUGAAGAUGAAACUGAGGAGGUGGGAGUUUCUACAGAAGUGGAGAUUACAAAGGAAGAUCACAACCUUGUGGAUACAGAUGGCAUACAGAAUCAGGCCAUUAAGCAUUGUGUUGAAGUUAAUGGUAACCAGGGUGACAGUAUGGAAAAUAGCAGAUCAAUAGACAAGGAAGAGGCUCAGGAUACUAAUAACAUCAAGGGCAUAGCAAAGGCUCAUGAUAGUUGUUCUGCAGAGUUGGUAGUACCAGUAAUUAGCACAGAUGGUAUUGGUGCUGAGGAGAUAGUGGACAAUGUUGUGGUGACUCAUUCUGUGGAGAUAGCAGUUAGUGCAAGGAAAUGGCGUAAUCUAACAAGUGAAGGGGUGAACAAUAAUGCUCCAAGGUCUGGUGGGGAUUUGCAGCAAGGUAUCAAUGAAGGGACACAUUUAGCAGUAGUGACAGAAGAGCAAGUGAACAGCUUAUCCAUUACUAAGGAACUUUCUCCCAACAAAGUUCUCCAUGAUCUGGUGUCUCAUAAUGUAGAGAAUAUUGAGGAGAACAGGGAGAAUCUUGUUAUGGAGGAGGACAAAGAAGAGCAGAUUAAUUUAGUGAAUGAAAAGGUUUAUAAGCAGGCUGGAGUAUCUCCUAAAGUCUCUCAAGCAGUUUCCAGUUCCAAAGGGAAAAAGAAGGGGCAGAAAAAGAUGAUUAAGAAUGGUCCAACAGAAGAACAAUAA